AAUACAAUCAAUAAAAGGUGUCGGAUCAAAUUCAAAAAAAGAUUUUAUAACAAAUAAUAUAAAAACUAACCAAAAUUAUACAGAUCAUAAUUAUGUUUCAAAUAUUUUAAAUACUUAUGGUUGGUUAGAUGUUUUGGCUAGAUCCAUUAGAGCUAGAGCAAAAGCACAUAUUUAA